GGGAUCGGCGUUGCCAUGGCGUUGGUGGCACUCGGUGGCAUUCGCCCUCCUGAUCCCAAUAAAAGCCGCCCGUUGGCCUCGUGUGGGGCGCAGCGCUGUGUGCGGAUCAGAGCCACAAUGCUGUGUGUCCCACAGCUCCCGGAGCUGCUGCUGCUGGCGGCCCUCACUGCCACCGCCCGGGGACAGACCGUGGGCUCCCAGCAGCUGCAGCCGUGGCUGAUUGGUCUCACGGCGGUGGUGGUUUUCCUAUUCGUGGUGUUCGUGCUGCUGCUCGUGGGGCGGCUUUGGCGGCUGCGGACGCGCAGAGAACACGAGGACUCCUCGGAGCAGCAACCCGCCCACAGCAUGGAGCGCGCAGCGUACAGCAACGCCGCGGCCGAGAAGGACAGCGACGACGAACGGGAGAAGAGCAAAGCCACGUCGCUGUGACACGCGUGGGCUGCCCGGGCCCGGCGGUUCCGCGCCGCGUUUUGCGGAGCGCUCCUCGGCCGGCGGCAAAACCCGGAGCGGAUCGCAGCGGGAUGGAGCGGAGCGCCGCCCCGGCACCGCGCGUGGGAGCUGCGAGCCGCGGGGGGGUGGGGGGGGCUGUGGGGGUACCCCAGUAAAGCUGCCGGCCCGCA